AAAGUCGACUCGAAAAAAUGCUCGUGACUCGUGAGUUAUUGCUGAUUAGUGAGUGAUGAUUAAUGAAAUUGAAAUUGUGAUUUUGGUGAAGAUGAUCAUUGAUUGAGUUUCUAUUGUCGUUUCUUUUGUUCUUCUACAGAACCAAGGUGUAAGUAUUCAAUGAUUCGAUCGGUUCGUCUACAAUCCAGUGAAAUUCUUGUCGAUGUUAUUCUCUUAUACAAAUACUCGAGUUUCGUUUUUAAUCGUACAACGUAUUGGAAAAGGAUUUAUUUAUCCUUAUUUUCAAGUGGAUUGAAAACUUUGCAACGCAGCUGUAAAACAUUUAUCUACUCGUACAAUCGUAACAAAUAUUCGAUUAUCCAAAUUAGUUUAUCACGUUUUUCGCGUUUCAACAUAUAACUGUUACACAGUUUGCGUUCCAGCAUUGAAGUAAAGUUUUAAAGCUUUUAGCAGCUAUUACCAGUUUACACCGUCUUCCAGAAUUUGAUGCAAUCAACGUAAUUGAAAACUUCGACUCUGUGCUGUGAUUUUUGGAAGCUGUAGGAUACUGAUGCGAGUGUUUUCAAAAUGAGUGAAGAUGAAGAAGAAUAUCAGCUUAGUGGAUCAUGGUGUUUGAACGGCAGUAGAUAAAUGUGAACAUUCGAGAUGAAUUUCGUUGGGAUCGUUUUACACAUCGUCUGUCAUUUCUCCCUACUACUUUAUACAGAAUGUGCAAUAGAUCAACACGGCAUGAACUACUGGGAACAACAAUUUAGCAAACCGUAUUUUGACACGUCCACCGAACGCGAACUAACGGCAACCGCAGGUCAGACGGCACUAUUACCAUGCAAAGUGCGUAAUCUCGGGGAUAGAGCGGUAUCAUGGAUCCGGAAAACAGAUUUGCACAUACUAACAGUAGGCAUCCUAACGUACACGAACGAUCAGCGAUUUCAAACCUUACAUUCAGAUGGAACAGACGAAUGGACGUUACGUAUCACAUCGACUCAAAUACACGACAGUGGAACGUACGAAUGCCAAGUCAGCACCGAACCCAAAAUUAGUUUAGGAUUCAAACUAAACGUUGUGAUAUCGAAAGCGCAAAUAGUAGGCAACUCGGAAAUAUUUGUGAAAAGCGGCAGCGAUAUAAAUUUAACAUGCGUUGUAGUACAAAGUCCAGAGCCGCCGUCUUUUAUCUAUUGGUACAAAAAUGACAACGUGAUUAAUUAUUCGUCUCGAGGAGGCAUCAACGUAUUAACCGAGAAACAAACCAAAACCAGCAGAUUAUUAAUUUCAAGGGCGCAACCCCCGGAUUCGGGAAAUUACACGUGUUCUCCAUCAACCUCAGAAUCGGCUAGUGUCUUAGUUCACGUUCUAAACGGCGAACAUCCUGCUGCCAUGCAGCAUGGCAACAGCAGUACCAGCGGUGUUUCCAAAUUGUUACCAAUUAUGCUGAUACUAAUUUGCCAAGCGACCAAAUCGUUCCUAUUACAAGAUGCAAUCAUAAGGUACAGAAGAAGCAGAUGAUCGGUCGGCGUAAGUUGUGCCAUAGAAUCGCCAAAGGAUAUGUUGUAAAGACUGGUUUUCUCAUGUAAUAUACCUAUAUUUUAGCUUCUCAUGUACAAUACGAUACGUAUUACCAUUUAAAUAAUUAGUAAGUAUUACUUUGUAUAAAAUUGUAGAUAUUUACUAUCGCGUAUAAUUUUUUUUAUCUAGCAAUUAUGAAUUUUUUAUACGUACGAGUAUAAGUGUAAUUUCAUACCUUUUUUUGUUUGUUUUGUUUUGUUGAUAUUAUCGCAAUACUCGAUGGAAACGGUAAUGCAUUAAUUUCUAUAUAACCAAAUUUUCAAUUAAACAAUACCUAGAUUUUGUUUCAUGUGAAUAUUUAUAUAAUGAUUUCCGAUUCGUCAAUAAGUUGGAAUUGGAAAAACUAUUCGUAAUAAUGUAUAUAUUUUUUGUUUCAGUUUUUUUUUUAAAACGAUUAAAUAAAGUAUUUUAACU